ACAGUCACCGGCGCCCAUUGUUAUUUUUGUCUUCUUUUAAAACACUCAGUCAGAAAAACCCAUGCUCAGUGUUGGUGCCAGCCCGGCGAUUGGCAUCUGCGUUCCCACGCUGCCAAGGGAGAUGAAUGGCAAGCAGUAUCGACAGCGCUGACGCCUCCAGAACAUGCGUCCACAGAACCGAAAAAGAUCUCGAACCACCAUGGCGCUUUAGUUUGGAAGCCGCCGUGAGGCUUGGACAAAAGAACCCACUCCUUCAGCUGCAGUAGCCCUGCGCUAGGCCACUAGCCAGCGGCCGCCAGUCCAAAAAGAAAAGCGCUAACGACCCCGGAAUCACCGCCAUCUUUGCCCCAGCUGCAUUCUGCACGUAAAAACUACUGCAGAGGCUGCAAUAGAGCUCUGGCCUUUUGGUGGCUCGCCGCCUAGAUCCACAACCUCAGCGCCGAACCUACGCCUCCAACGCUAGAUAGGCUAAAGACGACAGGGGCAGAGACCCAUGCUACGCUAGUCAGGCUCACCUUGGGCACGCGGAACAAGGCGCUAUCGAAAGUCAAUGACCAUUGCAGUCACGGUCGCACUUUGUCUUCUGGAGGAGCAAAACGGGAACAGACUUUAGGGGGCAAAGUACAGCAGGUCAAUGAACUCCAACUGUCCGAUGCUAGAGGGAUGGCCAUUGCCAAAAUUUAGGCGCAGUACAUAACGCCAUCUACAGCGCACGCACAGGAUCGGAAACCAACGCACGCAGGCCCAACCUAAUCACGAGUCGGGGGCCAGUGGUGCAUGUCUAAAGCCUUGAGACAGCACCAGUACGAAUACGUGACCGCGACCCUACCAGUUCCUGAUGCCACCCCAUCUGUACCGAUCUGCAACACACGUCGAUGCCCUUAUCUGACAAUAUACCGUGCACCAAUUAAUAGGACAUUUUUCAUAGAGAAGACCCGCCUUGUAUUAAUGAAGUGUUUCUGUCUUCGAUGGCACCGCGCUCCAUUGAAUGGUUAUAAUGCGAUCACGAGGUACAAGGCAAGAGCAAUAUCGAGAGUUGGGCCAUGGGGUCAAAUUUACUUACCCUCCUUGCUUUACUGUACAAGGGCUGAGAGAGAGACCAGCACAAGGUUUUCCGUUCACUGUAUUUGAUACUCGGUAUUUAAAUAGUGAGCCAAUCCUGGACAUCUUGACAGGAGGGGAUGCCUGUCCCGGUUCAGUGGCGCCGCUCCGUACCAAGACUUGACGGAUAUUGCUUUGAAGUAGCUAUUUCCCUCGCUCUUACCGGCCUUGGCGAAUUGUAUUCUUCUGCAAGCCAUUGGAAAAGUAGGCAAGAGGUAUUGCUAUACCAAGACACCAUGCACUGCAAAGAAAUGGCGAAGCAUCAAUGGAAGGAGCGCCUGGCACGCAACGUUGUUGAGGCCUUGACAUUGAGCCACGACACUUAACUAGACAAUGGUACUCGUUUCACUGCAAAUGCUAAAGACACUCUUUAAAGCAGUUUUAUUAUCCAACUAAAGAGCUUCUUUCGUACAACCAUUGCGUCUUAUCCCCUGUUCUUCUCUGUAACAGGGCUUCCAUUUUCGCUGCUUUGGUUUCGGCCUAUAUCCCGCUGGUACUAUCGAUAUCCUGUCUGAUUAUCUUUCGAGUAUGGAUCGCCCGAUUCACUGGACUCAAGAUAUACGAUUCAGUCAUCUUCGACGUCCUCCAGCGUGGUGGCAUUUCUAUCCUGGGACCCUCUACACUCCAAGACCAGCAGCACGAAUGGAAAAGCGAAUCGCUGAGGAACGUCAAUCAGAAUGGCGGUGGUAUACAAGCCAGGGGCCAGAUAGAGACAGAAAUAGGCGGUCUUUAAACGCGUUCUUCUUCCCAUGGGAUGCGUACGGCAGAACUUGGGCUCGCCUACGUGCUGCCCUUGCUGGUGGCAACGCCGCAGAUGUUGAACCGGGAAUGAUUAAUCCAGACUGUGUCGAGUGUGCCCUAUGUUUACCUUUUUAUGGAUGCCUUGUAGCCAAACUUCAGGGAACUAUUCGAUCUUUCUACCAAAUUGAAGGUGACGAGCUGUCUGACUGGAAGGAUGGUUGGUGCUGUCCCUGUGUUGCUCUUGAAAAAUGCGAAUAUGAGAUCCUGGCUCGUGAAGCACAACACUCUCGGAUCAAAACAGCUUAUGUGUUCAGUCCCCCAACUACCGAUGAAUAUCUCAUGGAAGUACCAAUGACAUCUGACAGCAUCGAUUCCCCUUCACCCCCGGUACAGAUUAAUAAGAAGAGGCGCAGCGACGCAAUUCUUCAACGCCUACCUGAUUGUCUCUUCAAGUCUUCUCAGAGCCGUCAAACAACCUCUGCAACAUCUACACCGUCACAUGUUCUAGUCGAUCACGGAGUUGUCGUGGCCCAUAUUGUGCAACCUGAUCACAACUUGGAAAACGAUGUUACGCUUGUCCCGGAAGUGAAAAAGAAAACUUCUGAUCAUGGUCUUGAGACUGAUCUUGUUGUUGCCUCCAGCGAGACGAGAGCAUCUCCCCACGGGUUGGGUGUAGAUGUAAAGACGAUGGCACAAAACUUUACCAGGAAACAUGACUUGACGACAGAUGGCGCUUCUGCAAAGGCGAUUUCACAGGCAGAGCCGCACCCACUGUCAUCAGAUAAGCUCACUUCCUUUGUAUCAAAUACAUCGGCCCCUGCUUCCUCAUCCGAGCAAAUACACUUGGCCAAGGAUGUUCUGCUGUCUAACGAUGCUAGACAUUCAGGAAUCAAUGUGAACAGUAUUCGGAGGUCGAACAAGGGCAGCGGAUCUUAGUCGUUGGCCCAAAACCGCAACUACACCUAUACAUUAGUAUACCAUUAUAGAUAUGCUUAUUGUUUAAUGAUAUGAAACGUAGGGAUUUCAGUUUUCUUCAUUUUGGUACAAG